AUGAGAUUCUACGACCGGGUGGACAACGGUAGUGUCGUGCUCGUGCUCAAGAGGUGUGACCCGUCUUUCAGCUUCUGUGCCGCCGGGCUGGUGUUGGACGACACCGAUGAUCGUGUCGAUGCCGAUGUGGUCAUCCUCUCCACCGGCUUCCAAGCGAAUCGGCAGUGUGUGUACCCACGGAUACCACAGAUACCACAGAUGGCGAUCAUCGGCUACACGGAGAAAACGACGAACAUCUACCCCUACGAGAUGAUGGCCAAGUGGGUGGCUUACCUACUUGACAGCACGUUCUACCUGCCCGCCGUCACGCGCACGGAAAGGAGCGUGGCGGAGUGGACAAGCUGGGGGCAGGACAUGAGGAGGUGUAGCGGCAACUACUUCCAUAAGUCAUGUGUUGGCACUAUCACGACGUGGUACAAACGACCACUAUGUCAGGAUAUGGGGUAUGUCCCAAGGACGAAGAAAGAGCUCCUUGUUGAGUGA